AUGGAUGCUAUUAAUGCCCAGCUAGAAAUGCGCGAUGUUCUCAUUCAUGUGGGAACAGGAACAGGGAAGACAGCCAUUGCAGCAGGGCCUCAUGUUCACCCAAGUGCAAAGGGGAAAGUGUCGAUAAUGGUGUCACCACUUAUCACACUACAUGACGAGAUGGUUGAUACAUUCCAUGAAGAAUUCAAGCUUGUCGCAACAGUGGUUAAUAGCAGUAACGGCAGGUGCAUAACAGAGAAACUGAAGAGCAUUGUCAAAGGCGACACACAAAUCAUCUUGAUUUCUCUGGAGCUCCUGCUUUCACGGCGCUUCAUUAAGGAGGUGCUCAAGAACACCGAAUUCAAGAAAAGGGUGCUCUCUGUGAUAAUCGAUGAGGCCCAUGUCAUCUCGCACUGGGGGUCAGGCUUUCGAAAGAAGUACAGCGAGCUUGGAAUUAUUCGAUCUUUUCUACUAAAAUUGACUCCAAUCGUUGCACUUUCUGCCACUCUUCCUGCCCGUGUUCGGAGAGAAGUCCUUUGGGUACUACGGUUUGAUCAGAAGAAUUUCCUGGACAUCGACAUAGGGAAUGACCAACCUAAUGUUUCCAUUGUGAUCCGUGGCAUCCAACACCCACUAAACACGUAUGCCGACCUCGAUUUCGUCAUUAACAAGCUUGCAGAAUGGCCAGACGAUAUCCUCAAAUCAUUUAUCUACUGCGAUAGCAUUGCAAUGGGCACCGAGAUCAUCGAUCAUCUUACAGAUCUCUUACCUGAGCAUCUCCAAGACGUUGGAAUAAUUCGACCAUACAACGCAUGCUUCUCCAAAAAGUAUCGACGGGCGGCGAUGAGGGCAUUCAAGGAGGGUUCUGUGCGCAUCCUUGUUUGCACAGAUGCUGCAGGAAUGGGAUGUAUGUCACGACCCGUCCCCAGCUCCCGGCACAAUUAUCCGGCUCCCGAGGCUGUAUCCAGCUUCCGAGGCUUGUGUUCACUGCCGGAAUCUGGCUCCUCCCUGUUCAUCCGAAAUUGGGGACACCCAGACGUUGCGUGGUGGCGCAGCUGCCCUUUCCGUCAAGCUGAAGCCAAGUCCCCACCCCAUCCGGCACGGUCGUUACAAUGUAACAUCCCAGACAUCGACCUUGUUGUCCAGUGGAAACUCCCAACCUCUGUGUCAGCCUUUGUCCAACGGGCAGGCCGAGCUGCUCGUUUGCAUGAUCAUCUUGGCCUUGCUGUCCUGCUCGUGGAGCCGUCAACGUACAGCAUCAUGCUGGAUGAAAAGGGAAACAAACCGGACGCGACACCAAGUGGCACUGAUAAAACGAAGACGAAGAAGGCGGCAUCUACACCCGCUGAAAAGGCAAAGGCGGCAGAGCUGAAGAAACUAAAAAAGAAUCAUGCAAAGGUGCGAGGUGUCCAACGUGGGUCGUUGGGAGGUUGGCACAAUACGAUCCUGAUCAAGGCCCGUGACUUCAAAGAUGCGUUGUUCGCAUCGGAUGGGCUGGUUUCCGAUGAAGUUGUUGAUUUGCUGGCAAAUGUGGGGCCAAUCCAAUGCCCGGAACAGCUCUCAGCAGCUGUCUCGGGCCAGUGGGGUUGGGAAGAGACCUACGGAGAUGAGCUCUUGCAGGAACUGCUCAAGCUCGACAUACCACCUCUAAUUCCGCUGCCCACAGCACCCAAAGCAGCACUGAAGAGGCCAGUUGUCGACGGGCAAGAGCAAGGAGCCGUGGUAACAAAGAAGCAGAAGAAGACGGUGAAAGCCACCCAGACCGCAAAUGAUCUGACAGGAGCGCAGCCACUUUUCGUAAUUGAAGGCUAUUCCCAGAGCCCUCAGAUGUGCAGGGUUUGCCAUCUGCUGGAGGUUCUAGAAGAGGGAGAGGUGCAGGAGCAUUGGAUGAAGUAG